UGUGGAUCUGAAAGUGAUACGACGGCAUGAAGUAUUGUUCAAUAAGAAACUAAGAAUAUGUCUCUCGUUAAAUAUAACUCAUGAUCGAAUGUGUUCUUGAUUUCUAUGUUCUGAUGACCUGUUGGUCAUCUUCUCACAGCAGAGAUCACAAAGUGGAGAAGGAACUCAAAAAAAGAUUUAAGUACGAGGGGCCCCUCAGGGUGCUGCACACCAUGAUGGUGGAUCCCAACGGUGUCUUGAAGAAGCCGGGAGGGAAAGAUCUGCCCGUGACUCACGGAGAAGUCGUGGACGUCGUCCAGAUCACCAACUGCAAGAAAGCUCUGUGCUGCAACCGCUUCGGGAAAUAUGGUUAUGUGUCCAGAUCUCUUCUUCUGACAAUGGAAAGAGACAUUUACGAUGAUGUGGACUAUCCAGACGACGUCUACGACAAUGACUCUCUGCACGCUGCUCAUUGAUGCCAAUCACACCGCAUCAGACACAGAGACGCAGCUGGAACUAAAAGCUAUAACAGACUGAAUCAUGAUCUGGAUACGCAGGUUCACUUGACCCCAUCUGAGGCGGAACACGAGCUGAAGAUAAAACUAUUUGAAACCGCAGAGAGACUCACAUAUGAAGCUCUCACUGAGGACAACCCUAACCCUAACCCAUUGCAUUGUGUCAGGCUGCUUGUAUAGAACAUAAAUACACUAUAACUGUAGCUUUGUGUUUCGCUCGACCGCUGAGAUAAUUUAAAAUAGAUGUGACAGGUAA